AUGUUGAAUAACAACUUGAGCCUACCAAAGAAUGUGACCAAUAUUCACUCUGCAACCUUGGGCCUGGUAUUAGGGAGCAUAUCAUUUCUUACAGUUAUCAUGAACAUUUUAGUACUGUAUGCUGUGAAAACCGAGCGCAAACUUCACACUGUCGGAAACUUGUACAUUGUUAGCCUGUCUAUUGCUGACCUAAUUGUGGGUGUCGCAGUCAUGCCACUAAACAUUUUAUAUCUCCUAAACCAUGAAUGGAUCCUUGGAAGACCAACAUGUCUCUUUUGGUUAUCUAUGGACUAUGUUGCUAGCACAGCCUCUAUCUUCAGUCUUUUUAUUCUUUGUAUUGAUCGCUAUCGCUCCAUCCAGCAGCCCCUGCAGUAUUUGAAGUAUCGUACAAAGACCAGAGCUUCUGUCAUGAUCUCCGGAGCUUGGCUUUUGUCAUUGACUUGGAUAAUUCCUAUACUGGGUUGGCACGAAUUUUCAAAUGGUGGAAUUAGAUCAGUGCCGGCACACGUGUGUGAAACUGAGUUUCACAAAGUGACUUGGUUCAAAGUUCUUACGGCCAUAUUGAAUUUCUAUAUACCAUCUUUGCUAAUGUUGUGGUUCUAUGCUAAGAUAUACAAAGCUGUGAGAGAACAUUAUCAACAUCGGGGACUUAUUAAUGGUUCUUUCCAACUGUUUUAUGACAGUAAGUUGGUACGGAAUGUCAAAGUGCUAAAAAAGCCAAGGAACUAUGUAAAAAAACAGUGCAGUAAUGGAACUCUUAUGGUACCAGAGACAAGCCUUCACAGGGAUUAUACUACACCUUCCGGUAUUUUUCCCAAACAAAAAAGCCAACAUGAACAAUUCCAUAUAGAGGACUUUGAGGGUCAGCAGACAUUUAGCCCGUGUGACAAUAAUGUUGUCAAAUUGCACUGUUUCCCUUUAACCAUAAUACAGGCAAACCCAGAAGAAUGCAGAAACUAUGUUACCGUAAGCAGGAGAUUGAUUAAGGAACACUUCCAUGAAAACCUGGAGGUAACAGACAUAUCAGAAGAGCACACCUUUGUUGAGGCUGGUUCUUGUGUCUUGGAUUCAAAUCAGAUGGAAGAGAACCACACAGAAACCAUUGAGAGUACCGAAACCCAGCACUCUGGCAAUUUAGGCUACCUGAAGCACACAUGGCAGAGGUUCCGCACACAGUCCAAGCAGAACUUCCAUGGACUUCACAUGAACAGGGAAAGGAAAGCUGCCAAACAGUUGGGUUUCAUCAUGGCAGCAUUUAUGUUGUGUUGGAUCCCAUAUUUUGUUCUUUUCAUGGUCAUAGCAUUUUGCCAAGACUGCUUCAAUCACAAUAUUCACAUGUUUACUAUUUGGCUUGGCUAUGUCAACUCAACACUAAACCCUCUGAUCUACCCACUGUGCAAUGAGAAUUUCAAGAAGACAUUUAAGAAGAUAUUUCAUGUUAAUGCAUGUAAAAAGGAGAAGUGCACAUCUUGUAAGUGUAAAUGA